AUGUCUUACGAUGAUAGCUCUCGAGAAGGGAGAGAAAAGUCUCGGCGAUCUUCAAUACAGUUCGUGCAUUAUAACGUUCCUGACGUUAGUCGCGCACAGACACCCGCUAUUCCACCAAUAGGUAAACUAGGUUGGGGACCAGUCGAUUCAAAGAUAAAAUAUUCCAACAUGAGACGAACUUCUUACGGCAGCCAGCACGCUUUCCAAAAUACGACGCAAGAGUCGUAUGGAUACGAAGGACGAUACGAAGGAGAAUACGAAGAAGGAUACGACGAUGGAUACAAUCGUAGACGAAACCGUGAAUAUCAGCGCAGUGACUUGGAUGCACUCGCUGAAAUUGAGCCUUAUACGACUUUGAUGGAUUACUUGACUGCUCGAAACCCUCCAAUUCUGGGACCCAUGGAAAGUGCCAAUCUGCGACGACGAAAUGCAAAAUCGCCAGACUAUGCAUUUAUUUGGUGGGAUGUCAGAAACACUCGCCAGUGGAACACGUUCAACCUUCAAAACAUUCUCGCUACUCCAGAUCUUGACCGUCUCUUGCGGAUGCCUAUCCCUCAAGCUGAGCUUUCAGAGCCUUUCAUUGACGAUGAAAUUUUACAUCAAGGUGACAGGAUUGCAUUUCUGACAAUCGUGAGGGACUACUUCUGCGCCAAAGUUACUACUGCCCUUUCUCAGUCAAUUGGUACACGCAGCCAUCAAUCCCUCUCUAUGGUUCUGGGGUCGGAGCUUGGGUCAAGCGCCGAUAUUGCUGGUGUUUACCAAUCACCAUCUAGACCAAAUGGCCAAAUCAGAGUAGCAGGAUUCGUCAAAUCUUGCAGAGAAUGGAAUACGAUGAUGCAGGCAGGCGGUGAUGAAAAACGACGAGAAUUCCUUCAAGUUUUAUCCCAAUUGCAGCGUUACAUGCGUGAACAUAAUACAAGAUAUGGUUAUGUUCUUACCGAACAAGAGCUUGUCUGCGUUCGACUUGCUACCGACGCUGAAAAUCGACCAAUAUUUGGAUGUUUGGAUAUCGCAAACCCAAUCCAAUGGAACCAACAUGGCACAAACCGGCUCACUAUCUGUCUUUCUCUCUGGUUCUUACAUUUUCUAGCGAAGAGAGAUCCUUUACCGGAUUGGGCUGGCUGGGAAAUCCCUGUUCCCUCUGCAGAAGAAUGUUCGCGAAGAUAUUGUAUGGCGAAGGAUCCGUGGGUUCCUGAUCCUAAGUACGACGAAGUCGAACUCGCAAGAGUGAAACGAGGUUGGGGUGAAGCGGAAGAGCCAUAUGCAUAUGGUGAGACUUUCCGCUAA